CUCCCCCCGGCCACUUCGCUAACUUGUGGCUGUUGUGAUGCGUAUUCCCGUAGAUCCGAGCACCAGUCGGCGGUUCAGCCCCCCCUCCAGCAGCCUGCAACCCGGCAAGAUGAGCGACGUGAGCCCGGUAGUGGCUGCCCAGCAGCAGCAGCAGCAACAGCAGCAGCAGCAACAGCAGCAGCAGCCGGAGGCGGCGGCGGCGACGGCGGCGGCGGCGGCGGCGGCGGCGGCGGCGGCGGCGGCCGCGGUGCCCAGGCUGCGCCCGCCGCACGACAACCGCACCAUGGUGGAAAUCAUCGCUGACCACCCCGCCGAACUCGUCCGCACAGACAGCCCCAACUUCCUGUGCUCCGUACUGCCCUCUCACUGGCGCUGUAACAAGACCCUGCCCGUGGCGUUCAAGGUGGUGGCUCUAGGAGAAGUACCAGAUGGGACUGUGGUCACCGUCAUGGCUGGUAAUGAUGAAAAUUAUUCUGCUGAGCUCCGAAAUGCAUCUGCUGUCAUGAAAAACCAAGUAGCAAGAUUCAAUGACCUGAGAUUUGUGGGCCGAAGUGGAAGAGGAAAGAGUUUCACCCUGACAAUAACUGUCUUCACAAAUCCCCCCCAAGUUGCCACCUACCACAGAGCUAUUAAGGUUACAGUAGAUGGGCCUCGGGAACCAAGAAGGCACAGACAGAAGCUUGAUGACUCUAAACCUAGUUUGUUCUCUGAACGCCUCAGUGAUUUAGGGCGCAUUCCUCAUCCCAGUAUGAGAGUAGGUGUCCCGACUCAGAACCCACGGCCCUCCCUGAACUCUACACCAAGUCCUUUUAAUCCACAAGGACAGAGUCAGAUUACAGACCCUAGGCAGGCACAGUCAUCCCCUCCAUGGUCAUAUGAGCAGUCAUACCCGUCCUACCUGAGCCAGAUGACAUCACCAUCCAUUCAUUCCACCACCCCUCUGUCCUCCACCCGGGGUACGGGGCUUCCUGCCAUCACCGAUGUGCCCAGACGAAUUUCAGGUGCUUCAGAACUGGGCCCCUUUUCAGACCCCAGGCAGUUCACAAGUAUUUCAUCCCUCACUGAGAGCCGCUUCUCCAACCCACGAAUGCACUAUCCAGCCACGUUCACUUACACACCGCCCGUCACCUCAGGCAUGUCCCUCGGUAUGUCAGCAACCACUCACUACCACACCUACUUGCCACCACCCUACCCCGGCUCCUCCCAAAACCAAAGUGGACCCUUCCAGACCAGCAGCACUCCAUAUCUCUACUAUGGCACUUCAUCAGGAUCAUACCAGUUUCCCAUGGUGCCGGGGGGAGACCGCUCUCCUUCCAGAAUGCUUCCGCCAUGCACCACCACCUCGAAUGGCAGCACGCUAAUAAACCCCAACUUGCCCAACCAGAAUGAUGGUGUUGACGCUGAUGGAAGCCACAGCAGUUCUCCAACUGUUUUGAAUUCUAGUGGCAGAAUGGAUGAGUCUGUUUGGAGGCCCUAUUGAAAUUUCUCCAGCAGUGGCCCAAGCACCUGCGAGCCCCGCCCCCAACAACAACAAAAAACCAAAAUACAAAAACAAAACCAUAUAUAUACAUACAUAUGUGCACAUGCAUACAU